AUGAAUGCUUUGAUAUGGAACAUUAGAUCAGUGAAUACCAUGGAAGAUUUUCCAAGGUUGAUAAAACUGAAGCACAAGUAUAAUCUUGGUUUUAUUGGCUUGUUGGAGCCUUUUCAACAACCAGACAAAAUUGAGGAGCACAGAAGAAGAUUGGGCAUGCAAACUGCUUUGGCUAAUGAAGACAUUGUGAUAACUGUUGUGUAUGCUAGAUGUACUCAAAGAGAGAGAUUGGAAUUAUGGGAUAGCCUAGAAGAUGUAGCAACUAACAUGAACAAGCCCGGGAUGAUAGGAGGAGAUUUUAAUGUCAUUAUGUCUGAGGAAGAGAAAUAUGGAGGUCUAGCAGUUGGAGCAAAUGAGACACAAGACUUUAAUUUGUGUAUGCAGAAUUGUGAGAUGCAAGAUUUUGGAUUCAAGGGUAGAAAAUAUACCUGGUGGAAUGGGCAGAGUGGGGAAGAUUAUAUUUUCAAAAGGAUAGACAGAUGUUUAGGAAAUUUGGGAAUUCAACAAAUGUAUCCAGGAAUUGAAGUGAAUCAUUUAAUCAGGAUAGGAUCAGACCAUGCUCUUUUGUUGAUUUCAUAUGCAGGAAACAAUAUGCCUAUUAAGCAGCCUUUUAAGUUUCUUAAUUUUUGGGAAAUAGAAACUCUGGAAGAUGUGAUUAAAGUUCAUGAAGUGCAAUUUGAACUGCAACCUACCCUCCAUAAUAGGGAAAGAUUGCAAAGAGUACAGGCUGACUUGAAUAGAUACUUACAUUUAGAAGAGGAAUUUUGGAAGCAAAAAGCAGGAAUGCAAUGGUUCAAUGAUGGAGAUAGAAACACAAGGUUUUUCCAUGCAUAUGUACAAGGGAGGAGGAAAAGAUUGCAGCUGAGAAGAAUUCAAGAUCAACAGGGAACUUGGCUAGAAGACCCUGAUGCAAUAGUUACUGAAGCUAUUAAUUUCUUUACAACACAGUUCAUAAAAGAAGAAGAUCCUGAUGAUUUUGAAAUUCUAGAUCAAUUACCUACUUUGAUCUCAGAAGAUCAAAUUAUAAGAUUUUGGAGAUGCCAACAGAACAGGGGGUGA